AUGCAGGUGGAGACCUUUACCUUAGGGGUGCUGGGCCCCUGGGACUGUGACCCUAUCUUUGCCCAGGCACUCCCCAGUGUGGCCGCCCAACUGGCUGUGGACUGGGCUAACCAAGACCCCUCCAUGUUGCUGGGCUCACAGCUGGAUUCUGUAGCUCUCCCCACAGGCUGUGCCACACCUCAGGCCCUGGCCACGUUCCUGGCCCACAAAGACAGCAUAGCUGCUUUUGUGGGCCCUGUCAAUCCUGGCUACUGCCCAGCAGCAAGCUUGCUGGCCCAAGACUGGGGGAAGACCCUCUUCUCCUGGGUGUGUGAGGUUCCAGAGGGAGGGCCUGAGCUGGUGCCCACUUUGCCUUCUGCUGCCCAUGUGCUGCUGUCCAUCCUGCGUCACUUUGGCUGGGCCCGCGUGGCCAUUGUGUCCUCCCACCAGGACAUCUGGCUGGCCACAGCCCGACAGGUGGCCACGAUUUUCAGGAUGCAUGGGCUGCCUGUAGGCCUGGUGACUUCUUUGGGACCUGGGGAGCAGGGGGCCUCAGAGGUCCUGGAGCAGCUCUGCAGUGUGGACGAUCUGAAAAUCGUGGUGCUGUGCAUGCACUCAGCGCUCCUGGAUGGCCCGGAGCAGUCUGCUCUGCUGAGUCGUGUGUGGACCGAAGGCCUGGCCGAUGGGAGGCUCGUCUUCAUGCCCUAUGACACUCUGCUGUUUGCCCUGCCCUAUCGCAACCACUCCUACCCAGCGCUCCGUGACAGGGGAUCCCUGCAGCAGGUCUACGACACGGUACUCACUGUCAGUCUGGAGUCCGGCCCCACCGAUCAGACCUUCACCACAGCCACAGCAGAUGCCCAUAAGCAGGUUAAAGUAUUUGGGAGCCUAUGCCAUGGGAUUGGGGUGCCUUCUCCUCUGCAGGUGUCCCCGCUGUUUGGAACCAUCUAUGAUGCUGUGGUCCUGCUGGCCCAUGCACUGAAUCGCUCUGAGAAUCAUGGCGCAGGACUCUACGGGACCCAUUUAGGGAACUACACAGGGUCUCUGGACGUGGAUGGCUUUAGCCAGAGGAUCCGUACAGAUGAGAAGGGCAGGAGGCUGGCCCAAUAUGUCAUCCUGGACACAGAUGGUUGGGGAAGCCAGCUGGUCCCCACCCACAUCCUGGACACAGGCACAUGGCAAGUGCAGCCUUUGGGCAGGGCCAUACACUUUCCAGGAGGGGCUCCUCCAGCUCGUGACUCCAGCUGCUGGUUUGAUCCCAAUACUCUAUGCAUGCGAGGUUCGCAGUCCCUGAGCAGCCUCCUGGGCCUGGCUGUGGCCUGUGUCCUGGUGUUGGCAGGUGGGAUCCUCACCUGCCUCAUUAGGUUGGGUGUCCAGCAGCUGCGGCUGGUGCGGGGUCCCCACCGAGUUCUGCUGUCGGUCCAGGAACUCACCUUCAUCCAUCGGCCCCCUAUCAGCAGGAGGCUGCAUGUGGACAAUACCAGCGAAUCGAGAAGUGUGGCUGAUGAUGGGAGCCUCAGGUCGGUGGCCCAGGGGUCAGCGAGGAGCCUGCCAGCACCCCAGGAGCCCACAAAUGUGGCUUUGUAUCAGGGAGAUUGGGUUUGGCUGAAGAAGUUUGAAGCCGGCACAGUCCUGGAGCUACGACCAAGUUCCCUUAGCCUCUUGAGAAAGAUGCGGGAGCUGCAGCAUGAGAAUGUCACCACCUGCCUGGGCUUCUUCAUGGCCCCAGGGCUCAGUGCUCUGGUGAUGGAACACUGCUCCCGGGGCAGCCUGGAGGACCUGUUGCGGAAUGAGGCCCUGCAGCUGGACUGGACUUUCAAGGCCUCCCUGCUGCUGGAUUUGAUCCGAGGUGUGCGGUAUCUGCACCAUCGACAUUUCUCUCAUGGCCGCCUCAAGUCCCGCAAUUGUGUGGUGGACGGACGCUUUGUGCUGAAGGUCACUGACCAUGGCUAUGCAGAGCUCCUGGAUGCUCAGCGGGCUCCCUGCCCACAGCCCACCCCAGAAGAGCUACUGUGGACAGCUCCGGAACUGCUGCGGGUGCCCGGGGGAGCCAGGCAGGGCACUCUCAAAGGUGAUACCUUCAGCAUCGGCAUCAUUCUGCAGGAGGUGCUGACUCGAGGCGCCCCCUACUGUUCCUCAGGCCUUUCAGCAGAAGAAAUCAUCAGGAAGGUGUUAUCUCCUCCUCCCCUGUGCCGGCCUCUGGUGUCCCCCGACCAUGGCCCCCUUGAGUGCAUCCAGCUGAUGGAGCAGUGCUGGGAGGAGGCUCCGGAGAGCAGACCCAGCCUGGACCAGAUCUAUAGCCAGUUCAAAAGCAUCAACCAAGGCAAGAAAACUAGUGUUGCUGACUCUAUGUUGCGAAUGCUGGAGAAGUAUUCACAGAAUUUGGAGGACCUGGUCCAGGAGCGGACUGAGGAGCUGGAGCUGGAGAGACAGAAGACAGAAAGACUGCUUUCUCAGAUGCUCCCUCUGUCUGUGGCCGAAGCUCUGAAAAUGGGGGUGACCGUGGAGCCAGAAUACUUUGACCAGGUUACCAUAUACUUCAGUGACAUUGUGGGUUUCACCACAAUCUCAGCCCUGAGUGAGCCCAUGGAGGUGGUGGGCUUGCUCAACGACCUCUACACAUUGUUCGAUGCUGUCCUGGGUAGCCAUGACGUAUAUAAGGUGGAGACUAUCGGGGAUGCCUACAUGGUGGCAUCAGGGAUCCCUCGGCGCAAUGGAAGCCGGCAUGCAGCUGAGAUCGCCAACAUGGCCCUGGACAUCCUCAGCUCCGUAGGUGACUUCCGAAUGAGACAUGCGCCUGACGUGCCUAUUCAUAUCAGGGUUGGCCUGCACUCAGGGCCUUGUGUGGCAGGGGUCGUGGGCCUCACCAUGCCUAGAUAUUGCCUCUUUGGGGAUACUGUCAACACGGCAUCCCGGAUGGAGUCCACAGGACUACCAUACAGAAUUCACAUCAGCCGAAACACUGUUCAGACAUUGCUCGGCUUGGAUGAAGGCUACAAAAUUGACAUCAGAGGUCAAACUGAGCUGAAGGGGAAAGGUAUAGAGGAAACCUACUGGCUGGUGGGCAAGGCAGGCUUCCCCAGGUCCCUCCCAACACCUCUGGACAUCAAACCUGGAGACCCCUGGCAGCACCUCAUAAACCAAGAAAUCAAGGUGGCCUUUGCCAAAGCACGCCAGGGCAUGGCCGGGCCCGGAGCUCAGGGAAGGCUUCAACUUGGCCCUGAGGAGAGGAACCAAGCAGACAGGCCUCCAGUCACACACUACAAGGGGGAAGAUGACAUAGACACAGUGACAGCCUCGGUCACCAGCUGUAGGGUGGAGCCCAGCCAAUGGAAAUGGAGUGAGCAGGAGGAUGAGGCCAGGGUCCAGGGGGAGGGGUAUAGUCCGUUCACCUCCAGCCUGAUACAACUCCAGUCCUGCCCUGCCUCAGCGAAAGUUCUGGGCCAGUUGUUUCUGCUUGGCGACUGCUCCAGGAAGGAAAGGGCCAUCCCCAUCUACCCAGGUCGGUCUCCACAGCAGAUCAGAUGUAAGGAGGGAAAGAGUCACCCGCUCCUCCGGACCCCGCGGGGCCGAGAACUGCACGUGCAGCGACCCGGGGGUCCGGCUCGCUCCGACAGCGCUUCCUUUCCUACCCUCUCCCCAGCCCGUUCAUUCCGCCCCUCUGCCCUUUCCCAGCCGGGCUUCCAGCGUAAAAAAGAUGUUUCACUCCCACGUGCCAGUUCCGGAUAA